CUACGAUUAGAUUUUCGUUUUGAGCUUGCAGAGCGAUAACGAAACAAUUUAAAUUCGCUCCCUUUCAAUUAAGUAUCGCGAUCAUCGACGAGAAGCAGAAAUCGGUCUGAAAUGUCUUCGAGAUCUCCGCAGAGUCCGAGAGUCGACGUUACCUCUCCUCGGCCAACUUUCGACUCCGGAUCAAAUGCAGUUUUGGGAUCACCGAAUUUCUGCGAAUGGGAACAGAAACUCGAAUUUGAGACUGAAUCGCCGGCGAAAGGUGGCGAUUGUGGAGAUUGCGGAUUACGGGGGCGUGAAAUGGCUCUGCACAUUGCUGGACUUGAGGAAAAAUUGAACGAGGAAACACAGGCGACAAAUCGUCUCGCCUUGUCAGUGUCGGAGUACGAGAUACAGAUGUCAGAAAAGGCGAGGGAGAUUGAAUUUUUGAAAUUAGAAAUUCAUGAAAUCCAGUCAGAGCGUGACGGGCUAAAGAAGCAGUUAGAAAUAACUUCGAAACAUCUCGACACCAUAGAAAUAUCCUUCAACGACGUUCACGAAAAAUACGAGAGGGCCAAACAGACGAUUCAUAUAUUACACCAAAACGUAGAAACUCUUAAAAACAGUCUCGAUGAGCGCGAUGUUUGCAUCAGUCAAAAACACGAGCAGUACCUCAAGCUGAAGGAACACGCGAUGGAACGAAUGGAUUUCGCCAAUUCCCAGCUGGAUUUGAUCGAACGGAAGUAUUCCCUUGAAAGUUCGAAACUUCGAGCUGCGGUAAGAGAGGCUGAACUUGGUGCUCGAUCACUCUCCGAACAACUGGAACAAAGGAACAAGGAUAACGCUGAAUUAACGAGGCAAUCGAAAGACCGUAUUCUUACUUCUAUGAGAGGUUUAAUCCUGGCUUUAGAAAAAUCUAUUUCACUUCGAUUCGGACAAUUUUUACUUCCGAUAUUAAAACCUUUUCGCUUAACUAAAGACGAAAUCCUGCGGCAAUUAAUUGCAUUCCGUGAUUUUCAGCAUCUGCGACGGUCUCAUAGAAAGAAUGGACUCACAGAAAAACGCUGGGUUCGAUAACCAAUCUAUUCGCUCUCAGUCAAUUCAAGAAUUGUGUUCUUGACCGUGGAAAUAUCUAAAUCGUCAUUCCUAUGA